AUCUCCCUUUUAAUGCAAUCGAAAGCAUUUAUUGAUGUUUGUCUUAAAAAGUGGGUUAGCUUGAAACCAGUUUAUAUUUGUGUAACAGUUCAUUGCAGUGACUGGCAUAUCAAUAUACAAUGGCUGAUGGAGAUUUUUUGUAUUUCGGUGGAAUUGAAGGAGGUGCCACGCAAUCAAAGAUGGUGAUUAUGCGUUCAGAUGGGAAAGUAAUGGCAUGGAGUGAAAGUGGUUGUACUAAUCAGUGGUUGAUUGGACUGGAUGAAUGUUUGAAGAGAAUAAACACAAUGACAGAAGAUGCUAAACAGAAAGCUGGAUUAGAUGUUAAAAUGCCAUUGAAAGGACUUGGUCUGUCUUUAAGUGGGGGUGAUGAAAGCGCUUCUCAAAUUCAGUUGAAAGAAGGAUUAUCCCAGAAUUACCCUAAUGCAGCAGAGAGUAUUUCAGUUACUAGUGAUACAUUUGGUUCGCUAGCAACAGGUCUAUCAAAUGGUGGUGUUGUAAUGAUAGCAGGUACAGGUUCUAAUUGCCAGCUUAUAAAUCCAGAUGAAUCAACGCAUAGAUGUGGUGGAUGGGGACAUUUGCUUGGAGAUGAAGCUUCAGCUUACUGGAUUGGUCAGAGAGCCAUUAAGUUGUAUUUUGAUCAUGAAGAUAAUCUUAUACCAUGUGCCUAUGAUACAACUUUUGUUCGAGAUGCCAUGUUGAAAUAUUUUAAAAUUAAAACAAGAGGUGAAAUCCUAGAUCAUUUCUAUGCCAAAUUUGAAAAAGCCUUUAUUGCUGGAUUUUGUAAAGAAAUUGCACAAGAACCUAAAGAUGCAUUAGUUUGUCAUAUAUUUAAAGAAGCUGGUAAAAUUAUGGCGUCGCAUAUUAUUGCUGUAGCGCCAAAGAUGGACAAAGUAUUAAUAAAUGGUAAAGGAGGAUUACAUAUUGUAUGUGUUGGUUCAGUGUUUAAAAGUUGGUCUCUUCUACAACCUGGAUUCAUGGAAGUUUUAAAAGAGCAGGGCAGUCAAUUAGGAAUUAACGAAGUGACAUUAAUAAGAUUAAAAACAUCUGGAGCUGUUGGAGCAGCAUCACUCAGUGCUAAAGCCAUCAAACGUUCUCUACAUAUAGACUAUGCUGCAAAUUCUGAUGUUAUAUUUAAUAGUAAAGUUUAACAGCAUUAAACAACUCCUUAAUGAAUUGCAUACCAACUUCAUACAUUCCAGUAUUGUAAUUCGUUCAUCAGCAAUUGUGAGUUGUUUGUGCCUUUUUUCGGUUAUUCAAAAUGCAUACUCAUUGCAAGAUUUUAAUGUUUUGUGAGUAUAUGAAAUUGAACCUUUUCCAUAUCAUUUUAAUUUUAUUUUUGUAAUGUAUUACAAAUGUCUUGCCAGUCCAACAAAAAAUGGCCAGAAAUCUCCAAACACACUGUGAAGAAAUUCGUCUUUCAAAACUGAAUGUUUCAUAAAUUUAUGUGAUCAUGAUAAAAAUAUUAUUAUUUACCAAAAUGUUAUUUUGCUUUAAUAUAUUAAUAGUGGGUUAGACCUUUAUUUAUGGAAGAAAACCUGAUAUUGUAAUAAUCCUUUUACAUUUCUCUUCUUUUAUUGUGCAAUAAUACUGCUGUUAAAUUUAAGAUAUAUUUAGCUUUAAUUGUGGAUAAAUUUGUCUUUGAUAUAUUAGUGAGACAUUGUUCUCUUGAACAAUAAAUGGGACUGUUUUCAAUGCUUAUUGAUUGUAGAAAUAGAAGGGAAAAUAAAAUAUUAUAUUAACAACAUAUAUAUAUGGUAAUUAAGUAAAUAAAUAAAUUUAAUCACGA